CCCCCCCCCCCUCCUCCCCAGGCUCAGGUCGGUCGGUCGGUGGCCGGUUCGUGGCGGUUCAAGGACCCACGGGGACCCACGGGACCCGGGACACACAGAGGCCGUCCCUCCCAUUCCUCCCAUUUGGUUUAAUCUCCCAUCAACUUUGAGCUGUCUGGAAGAAUGAGCGCCUACACCGUGUCGCUGCCCGGCCCCGGCCCCUGGGGCUUCAGGCUGCAGGGGGGGAAGGACUUCAACAUGCCGCUGACCAUCUCCAGGAUCACUCCAGGCAGCAAGGCGGCGCAGGGUAACCUGAUUCAGGGAGACGUCAUCGUGGCCAUCGACGGCGUCAGCACCGAGGGAAUGACUCACCUGGAGGCCCAGAACAAGAUCAAGAUGGCCAACUACAACCUGGCCCUCACCAUGUCCAAGUCAAAGCGUCCUGUGCCAAUGUCACCACCCAGAAUGGACGCUGCACUUCCCAUGGUCCCUCACCAGCAGCCUCAGCCGGUGCAUGUGAACGGCCGGGUGUCGGCCUGCUGCCCCUCCCCUUCCCCCGCAGAGGCCGACGCCCCCAGGAGAGCCCCGCCCAGUCCCGCUCAGAAGAAGCAGUAUAACUCACCCAUCGGCCUGUACUCGGAGGAAACUCUGAGGGAAAUGGCAGCUAUUCAAGCAGGUAGUCUUGCAGUUAAAGAGCGUCUCGUAGACAGCGCGUCCCCGGUCUACCAGGCCGUCCAGAUUGCAGACAAGGACCUGGAGCUGACAGCAUGGGGGCGCUGCAGCGGCAACAUGCAGUCCAAGUCCUUCCAGGUCCUGGCCCACAUGACCGGAACCAAGUCCUCACCGGAGGAGGAGGAGGAGGAGGAGGAGGAGGAGGAGGAGGAGGAGGAGGAGGCUCUGAGGAGGAGCAGCCAAUACGCUCAGCCUGCUCCUAUGUACCAGGCUCCACAAGGCCCGCCCCCGCAGCAGUACCAGCCAAUGCCCCAGCAGUACCAGCAGCUACCCAUUCAGCAUGCCCCGCCCACUCAGCAGAGCUCCAUUCAGAUCCCGAUGGGCACCGCCCCCCCAAAGGUGGUCAGCACCGCCUGUAUCUACCCCUCCCAACCAGCUCCAGCUCCAGCCCCUGCCCCUGCCCCUGCUCCUGCCCCCGCCCCUGUCCCUCCUCAGCCUUGCCCUCCCGCUGCAGCUCCAGCCCCACCUCUAGGUGCUGCUCCGUCCUCCAACAGGCCUCCAUGGGUGACCGACACCAACUUUGCCGAUAAAUUUGACCCCAGUAAGAUGACCACCACCACCAUUAAAAUUCAGCCGUUACCUCAGGCUGCACCCCCCCCACCUGCAUACAUCCCCAACCCUUCCCCCGCCGGACCUCCAGCUCCCAGCCCCGCCUCUAUUACACCAAGCCCGGCGCCCAUCACCCCCAGCCCCGCCCCAUUCCCUCCUGUGGCCAGAGGUGUAGCUCAGAGGGCGGAGAGGUUUGCAGCCGGUAGUCGUACGCCUCUGUGUGCAUCCUGCAACAACAUCAUAAGGGGCCCCUUCCUGGUGGCCCUGGGCCGGUCCUGGCACCCAGAGGAGUUUAACUGCCACUACUGCCACAUGUCUCUGGCCGACGUCAGCUUUGUGGAAGAACAGAAUAAUGUUUACUGUGAGAACUGCUACGAGGAGUUCUUCGCCCCGACCUGCGCUCGCUGCAACACCAAGAUCAUGGGGGAGGUGAUGCAUGCUCUGCGGCAGACGUGGCAUACCACCUGCUUCGUGUGUGCAGCCUGUGGUAAAGCCUUUGGAAACAGCCUCUUCCACAUGGAGGACGGAGAGCCCUACUGUGAGAAAGAUUACGUUGCACUGUUCAGCACUAAGUGUCACGGCUGUGAUUUCCCAGUAGAAGCUGGUGAUAAGUUCAUCGAGGCUCUGGGUCACACCUGGCACGACACCUGCUUCGUCUGUGCGGUCUGCCAUGUGAACCUGGAAGGCCAACCUUUCUACUCCAAGAAAGACAAACCUCUGUGCAAGAAGCACGCCCACGCCAUCAAUGUGUAGACCCACCCCCUGAGAGGAGGAAGGGGCGGGGCCAGCCGGCUGCAGACCUGCUGCCAACAACACAAACAACAAUACCUUUGACUGAUGUGUGCAAGCGCUUUGGGACUGUUUCUCUUUUACUUUUUGGUUGAUUGUUGUUUAAAACAGUGCUGCAGAAAGUCCUCAGUAACAGCAUUCUGGUUUCUGUCGUCCAUGACUUUAUGAUUUCAUGUUUUUAUGUAAUGUUUUCUACUAGAAGCUCCUACUGGGUUGGAUGUGACUGCUGUGCUGUUCUGUUGAGUUUAUAUGGAGUCUGCAGUUAACGCCCCACAACAUCAGCUGGAUACAUUUAAUUUGACAGUAGGAACACUCCCUUUCAGUAUAACUAAAUGGUGAGUGUAUCUGUUUCCUUGAAUUACUAAUCCUUAUUCCAGUGACCCCCUAUACACCGGACUUCCUAAAUAACAUCCUCAUAUCUUGGAUGUGUGCCUACUUCAAUGUUUGAGUCAUUUCAAUGCGACUUAAAUUUUUUUUUUUUUGCUUUUAGCAGAGAACAACAGAACAGCACAUGAACAAGCCUUAUCUGACUGACUGAGUGACUGGAUCUGAAGGGGUGUGUCUGCGCUGCAUGUAUGAACUCGAGACUUAGAACUAGAACUAGGAAACACGACCAGCCGACACUUUUCACCGACUUAAUUCCACCUGAAAAAUGUCCAAAUGCACUGUGGAGAAUGGAGAUUCUGUAUGUAUCCUGUAUGUCAUCCACCCUGAUCAGCUGUUGACAUGAUAUUAAAGUGAACAAAAUCA